AUUUUGCGUUACACUACUGACCUUCAUCGUAUCCAACGCCUCCUGUAAAAGCUAUAGUGACAUGUAUAUUCAAUGAUUUUUGUAACGACAGUAAUAGCUGUCGUUUGAAGUGACGUGUUCUUGGCUGGCUUCGUAGAUUCCCUCAUAAUAUAUGAAAUAACCGUGAGAAUAAAGGGGAAUUUCCAUAUAAACUUAAAAUAUCCCCAACACUAAACUGCAAAUAUUCGUAUAAUAAAUGAAGAAGUCAAAAACGUCAAACGUUAUUUCGACCAUAUCUCAGAAACAACUGAAGGACAUUCAAGGAUAUUUCUCACGUCAAAAUGGAAUUAGACAGGGAAUACAUGAAAAUGGGACUGCCUUCGGAUCAUUGGCGUUAAAGUCAAAGCCCUCAGAUAAUGAAGCCAUUAUAGAUUCCGUCUUAAGGGAUGUCAUCGACUUGAACCGUGAUAAGCUUCCGCAAUCAUCCUUGGUAAAAGUUCUCACUUCAGUAUAUCUAGACGCUAAAUCAAAGCUUGGAGCCAAUGUGUCACAGGAUACAACACAGCAGAGCUUGGUUUGCAUCUCCCAGAAUGCUCCUAAAAGUCCUUUAGAUUCGAAGAUGCCCGAUCCAAACAGCAAACUAAGCCAAUGCGCCAUGUCAGUCUCAGAAAAAAACAAACAUCAGUGGAGUGGAGAUGAAGCUAACUUGUCAACUCAAAUCACUCACAACAUAUGGGAUAAACAACCUGGUUGCUUGGAUACACCUAAUUUCCGGAAAAUAGAAGCUUCAAAUGUUGUUUCGGAUACCAAAGUCGAUUUCCCAACCGGUAAACCUAAUCCCGAGUCCACAGGAAAACUGUCUAAUUCGAACACAAUUAGCGACAAUCGGAUAGAUAAUAUUCCUGCUCUUACUCCUAUGGCUUUUGGUUCUGGACAAGAUGCUCAUUUGUCAAAACAAGAAGAAAAUCGUCGGCAGUGGAAGGCUGCAUUAGAUGAACAACUGAAAGAGCAACAACUUAUGCGAGGCAAAAAUCUUCAGGAACUGCAAAAGGAGUGCGAAUUCAAUAAAAUUCAGUCAGGAUCUUCUUCAAAUAACUGCGGACAUUGUGACAACUCAAAUGAAUUUCAUGGAUUAAGUAUAUCGAACAAUCCAUCUAACAGCGCAUUGGCAUCACAUCCUUCGGCUAGUCAUUUUAUGUCGUCAGGUUUCUUUUUACCUGAUUCAACUGUUACCAACGAUUUCCAUGCAUCAUCUAGAAAAAUGGAUACUCCUAACCAACCCUGGAAGGUUGGUUUUAAUCGUGUUCGAGGUUUUACUCAACAACUGUAUAUAGAUUCCUUGGAAUCCGCUGAACGUGCGCGACUUGCUCACGAAACUAGAUUGAUAAAUUUGAAACAAAUCGAAGAAAAACGUCGUCUAAAAGAAGAAGAGAAAGCAAGACUCCUUAUGGAAGAGAAAAUGGAAGAAGAGCGUAUCUCACGUGAACGUCUUCGAUUACAACAAAUGGCCGAGGUUGAAAAUGCUCGAAAGAUAGCAAAAGAUAUGGAAGAAUUUCAACGUACACAAUACUUAUAUGAAUCACUUGUUCGCGCUCAAGAAGAAGCGAAGCUGACUAAAAUUCAAAAACAUCCAUGUUACUCAGAAUUAAAACGAAACAGGGAUUCAUUAAGUCAAAAAGCCGUCAUACAGUCUGAAUUGCUUGUCCCAUAUUUGUCUGUUGCAUCUGAGGUUGAAAAACAGAGUCAAAAUAAUCCUUUGUAUGCUUUCCUAUCUUCAUCCGGUUGUAAUGCGCCAGAUUCUGUUGCAUAUCCUAAGAAUUCAUUGGCUGUUCAAACUUCGUUUCCCGAAAAUAUCGGCAUUCAAACAGAAAACUUCGAAUGGACCAAUUCGAAAGACAAACAAGUUUCGAAUAAUCCAGAUUCGAAAAAUCAAAAUAAUGGCACUCCUGCUCACAAACUAAAACCCAGUGACAACAAAUCAGUAAAGAAUAAUCUGAGUAAAAUGUCUGUAUCUGUGUCAAAUCAACAAAAACAACAGUAUCGACCAAAUCGAUUAACCUCAAAUUAUAAACCUACAAAUAAUAAUAAUUUAGUUAAUAAUAAAACAAAAGUAUCACAACUACUAAAAGGUAAACGAACUUCAAAAUCUCAAUCAUUUAAUUCUGAUUCAUAUAAUAAUAAUAAUAAUAAUAAUAAUAAUAAUAAUGAUAAUGACUUUUCUAAAUCAGCCAAUGAACAAUCAAAAUUAUCAAGCAGUAAUAGCGCACAAACAAUUAAUUCAUUUACCGGUACGAAUAAGUUCGAAAGUAGAUCUGUCCAAGAUGCAAGUAGUAUGAAAUCACGUAUUCCCAUACCGAUAUCUACAGCCUACAGUAUAUCGUCAACUUCAAUGCCAAAACAUCAAGUUUCAACUAUCAACACUGAGUCUCUAAAUAAUACUACAUUUCUUAAUCAUGAAAAUCCUUAUGGGCCUGCGGAUCUUAUUCGUACUUAUGAUGUAUUGAUUCCGAAUGAUGCAAAUAUAAUAUUGCCUGUCAGUCAUGAACCUGGUGUUGUUGAGAAUACUAGGAAAUCAGAAGGCAAAGAUUCGCUUCGAAAUUCGAAUACAAAACAUGAGCGUUCAAUUACCCGACAAGAUACUAUUUUACAACAGUUAUCAGAAAUUCGUAAGGGUUUACAAUUACGUCAAAUGUUGUGUGAAUCAAGCACUUAUGAAGAUGAUAUUAAUUAUUGAAUGGAAGAUACAAUGCAUGUGUUUUAUUUGUACGGUGAAUUCUACACGACAAAAGAAAUACAACAUAUCAUUUUACUAAGACUAAAAAUGUCAUAAUCACUUUUCUAUAUUUCUAUUUAUGUAUUAUGUAGAUUUUCUGUGAUGACUUGUAUCAUUAUUUUUUUUUGGUAAUUUUUUCUCAUGAGGAGCACAGUGGCAGAAAUAAUUCUAUCAUCAACAUAUCAUCAGUAUGAUUAAUGCCAUUGACAUUUGAUUCUUCUAUAGAGUUGUUUAUUCAUUUUCAUAUAUUACCUUCUUCUAGUGUAAAUUGUCAUUUUUGAAACAGUCGACUGGUACUUGCAUUUAUCAACUUAUCACUGUUAGUUGUUUCAGCAUUGAAAGUAUUACUAUCCGGUAUACAGGACGUCAGGAUUAUUACUAAUACCAAAAUAUUCUUUCAUUUAGUUUUUUUUUCCGCUUUUGUUUAAAUAAUGUAGUUUGAUUCCAUGCAUUUCAUGUUUAGGAUUUUGAACGGUGUUAUGUAUUUUGAAAAUAUAUGUAAUAAAUUUAUUGACAAGAAUAUUUUCUCAAUUUUAUCGUCUGUGUAUGCUCAUGCUCUGAAUUUUUAUUUAUUUAUUUACGAUUAAUUACCAAAGGUUUAUAACUGUCGAUAAUCUGAUUAUGCAACCAGUCGUACUGACAAAGUUGCUAUGUCAGUGACAAAUUAUUUGCUAGGUGAUUAGUUUUAAUUAAUCUGCUUGUUUGCAAUGUCAGAUAGAUAAAAUAUUUGACUAUCAUGCGGUUUAUAGUUUACAGUUUGAGGUUGUAUCGAUUUAGUUGGGUGUCUUUUGUGUCUGUUUUCUUAUAUAAGUUGAAUCUAUUAGUUUGGAGAGAAAAUGUAAGGGAGUUUAGAUUCAGAUAUAAUUCUCUGACAACUUGUUACUUUUAUUUUUUUUAAAAGUUAACAGACUAACGAAAAGAAAACCCAAGUGACUUCAUUCAUAAUUUAACGUAUUUCAUUUAGCGUUUGGCGUAUUUAACAGAUCUUUAAGAAACUGUCAUUAGUCAGACAAUUUCAUUGAUCUAACAUGCGUAUGCGGUAUCCUACUUCAGUGUAUAUGAACUAAAUAUAUCUGAACAAUUGCUUAUUUAACAUCAACUUCUUUAUAUGUUCUCAUUAAUUCUUGUUUGUCGUGCAUAAUAUUUAUUAAUUAAAUUAACAGUUAUAACAAUCUAAUUAUUAAUAUUACGAAAUCACCAACCUGAUGUGACUUCACACAUUUAUCUUCGAGCCACACUUUAAGUGUGGGGCUAGCGAUAAUAUCCGAUUAUCUAAACCGAGGUAGGUGGAGUGGUAUUUGAACAUGCAAAUUACUAACUGAAAGUCGAACACCUUAACCAGCGAGUCAUUACUCCACACUUCUUUCUUUUUCGAACAAAUUUUUACAUGUCUGUCGUUUUGUACGAACUUAUUUAAGUGUUUCGCUUUUGAUUAGGUGUUGAUCAUUACUAGAUGAUGACUUUUGGUUUAUUUGCUGUGAUUUUUCUUUAACAUUCAUUUUCCGUAGCUUCUUUUCCGUAAUUACCUUUUUAGAUCAUAUCUCUUGUUAUGAAUUAGGAUACUGUAUUGUUUUCCAUACUAAUAAUAAAUUGGAUGGUGUAUAUUCAUCGAAUUUCGAUAUACAGAUCUAACUACUUCAUGAAGUUUAUACAAAGUCAAGUGAGAGAAAUUAACGCAUUCUUGUCGCGUCAUUUGCGAGUUUACAGUUUAUUCUCAUGUGUUAUAUGGUUAUUACUUAUCGGUGCAUUCUUGCGCACAACUUGGAAUCUAUCCUAUAUAAUUUGGAAUCAAUCAAGUUAUGACAAUAAUGCGAAUUUAAACAAUUAUGAUAAGCGUUGGAAACCAACUAUUCAUACUGUUUCACGACUAACUGAUGCAAUGCUUAAUUUAUGGCCUGUGUAUAUUGCGAAAGGUAUUUUGCCACCAAGUGAUAUAACUUUGAUUAGUUUCAGUAGUCAGUCACCGUUUCCGUUUGAUAGUCAGUUAAAUUCUGUAACAGAGUUCGAUAAACGAGAACAACACCGAGUAUUAUUAACUAAUAUAUUUCAUGGCUUGAUCACUCGAUUAAUAUGGAUUUAUCCAUCCUGGAAACAAUCAUCUUUCAAUCAAUUUUAUAAGAAAUCACAAUUUCAUGUUGGUUUAGCUCAGAUCAACUUACUGGAAGAUGAUGAUUAUAAUAAUAAUACUGAUAGUAAUAAUGACUUGAAAUCUAAUUUUCCAUCAAGGAUUACAACUUUUUGUUUAUGUAAUCCGGCUGCAAACUUUUGUAGCUUCCCGUUGUUAUCCUCAUCAAAAAUUCAUAUACCAAGACAAUCUUGUUCAGUGGCUAGCAGUUUUAUAUAUGAAGAAAUUAUUGAUGUAAUGGCCGAAUCAAUUUUAUCUCAAGAUGGAAAUGAACGUUUGACGAAGGAUUUAAUUUAUUUGUUUUCACGUGAAUCGUAUUUUCAAUCAGACAAGUCAACACUAUCUAAAACAUCAUCAUCAUCAUCAUCUCAUACUUCGUUAUUUCAUAAUAAACGUACUGUGUGGAUUAAUGGUCUAUUCAUAUUACACAUAGAUAUGAAUUAUUUUAUUGAAUCUAUUACAAAAGUAAAUAACACGUCAUCUGAUUUGUCUGAAUGGUUUACUGAUUAUAUUCGUAUGAAUUCAUUAAAUGACAGUAAUGUUGAUUUCAGCACAUAUGAACCUCGAGUGGAAAGUGCUUACUUAACUUCACAUAAGAACGAUAAACAUAUUACUGAUAAUAAACAUAAUAGCAGUAAUGACAAUCACAUUCCAGUUAUACCAGCUUCAAUAAUUCAUCAGUACACUAUAUUAUUAAAGGAUGUGUAUAAUAAAUUAUCAUAUUUAUCAUUAACUGAACAAAAUCAUUUAAUUAAUGAUAUCAAUCAAUUCAUUAAUUCAAUGCUUCAUUUUAUAACUACACAUGAUCCGAAUCUGUUAUCAUACUGGUCAAAUCAAUCAUUGAUAUCUAGUACAUCUUGUUGUUAUUUAAAGCCUUCUAUUGAAUUAAUUUCAUUGAAUUCAAAUGAGAAUAUAUAUGUUUUUAACCAAUGGAAAAAUAGAUAUCGGAUAGCAUUUUAUUAUCUUGAUAAUUAUUGUGCAUAUUCGGAUGCAAUGAUUAAUGUUUUAUUAAAUAAACCGACAAUUAUGGUUGGUGCAAAAAAAGAAUUAUCAAGUUUAUGGAGUUGGUUGUGUACAUUGAAUACAGUUACAUUAAAAUUCAUCAGCCAAUUUGUAGUCUGUACCUAUCAAAGUGAAAAUCAUAUGCAAUCAAUUGGUUUGUGUAAUCGCGAAAAAUCCUCAUUAAUUUCAUUUGAUGAAAUACCUGUAAUUGAAAGAAGUUCUCUUACGUUAUAUACAUUAGAAAGCGUCAUCACAUGUUUACCUCGUCCAUUAUAUGUGAAUUUAGUAAUGCAUCCAUCAUGGGAAAAACUUAUUCAUAAAAUGCAUCUGUCUACUGAAUUGUGCAAGAUACUCAAUGAAUCUGUUCUAAAUAAACAGGAUAACCUUUCACGGAAGGGGGACAAGAGGUGAAGGAUAGAAAAUAAACAAAAAAGUCAAUUUAUCACAAUUAUUUCUGUCUAGUCAAUUUGAUUUUUUUUUUACUGAUUAUUAGUUUCAUUUAUAACAAAUACAGAUAUAAUUCAUUAUUAUCAAUAGAUUAUUGAAUUAGUUUCGUCAAUCCACUAAAAAGAGAAUAAUUAUAAUUUAUUUAUACUUUAUUUAAAUAUCAUCUCAAAAUAUUUAUUGUAUACAUAGGUAUAUAUCUUUUAAUCUCUCAUUGUUACUCUUCAUAUUGUACUCACAAUCAUUAUGUAUGUACAAAGAAAAUGCAUAUAUAUAUAUAUCGGUGUUGGAGAUUCUCUUUAAUGCUUUUUAUUUUAAAUGUACACUUACCUUUUUGGCUCAUUGUUAAUUUUGCAGGUUUUUUUAUAUUUUUGGAUGUAUUUUGUGUAUAUGUUACGUAAUUAAGUUAUUUAUCUGUGCAAUUUACUUUCUUAGUUAUUGUGUUGUAGAUUAUUACUUAAUUUAUGUAUCUUUCAACUAAUGAGCUAUCUGUAUGUAAUCUAUCCCAAAUUUAAAAAUCUUGGACAGUUUUAACAUCAAAAUUUCUGCCAACUAAUGACAUAUUGAAAUAUACAAAUUUAAAAAAAAGAUAACUUACAUUAUUCGAAUACACUAAGAAAUACUAUAAUAAUUAUUUAUUUCAGUGACAAAUAGGUACCUGCACAGGACUUCACUAUAAUAUAAUUGGUUGGCCGAUACUUUGAAAUAUUAACCGUUAAGUUCUGUCUGAGUUCAUAAUCACUUCACUUCUAUUAGAUGAAUUAGCUGGUUUGUAGGUAUGUACAAAUACUUAACAGAUUUGACAUUUUGACAGGUUUUGCUUUCUUUUACGAAAUUUCAAAAAUAUAUUAUUAUUUAAACAAACUUAGAAUUUGUAAGCUGGCUUGUGUAAACAUUUAACUAGGGACAUAUUAUAAAAUUUAAUCUUUUAAAAAUCAUUGUUUAUUUCUUUUCUCGAUUAGUUAAUGUUAGAUAUCCACUUUAAAGCAAAGUGAAUAAUUAAAAGAUUCAAACACAUUGAGUGAAUUUUUAAUUCGUUAUAUGGUAGCAGCUUCGCAAAUAACUUAAUGAUUAAAGAAAUAUGGAUAAAGCAACAACUUUUGUAACUCUCUUACUGACUAUUGAUUUAUAUAUAUUUACUAAACAACUAGAAUACUGUUUUUUCAUGUUCCUUGUAUUAUAGGCAUCUAUUAGACUCAUUAACUGUUGCCAUACAUCUCACUAUUCUUUAAUUAUAGCUUAGCAAUUAUUCACUUUUUUUCCAUUUUAUAUCAUUUCUGGUUUGAUUAUGCAUAAAUUACGGCUUUCUGUUUGGGGUUCGACAUUUCAUGCACAUAAUUUAAGUGCUUAACGUUUGGUUGCUGCUACAUUGUUUUGUUGAACUCAGUAUUAGAAUAGAAAGAGAACGUAGAUCCGGCUCAAUUGACAUCUAGAAUAACCGGUGACUGCUUAAGGUUAAUCGUUAUCAAUAGAAGCGUGUAAUUUUUUAAGACUUAGGAUGAUUCAUGUACGAAUCAAGUAUUCUUGGAGUAGAUAAUUAUCAAGAUUAUGAUUGGUGAAUCUUCUCUAGUGAUCGGUCUAGGUGGAUGUAAGAAAAUUCAUGGAUUUUAAGAAAUCAAACAUAGCGUUCACUCUAAAGUCACCUACAUACUUCGAGAGUGGUUUAUAAUUUCGAAUUUUGUAUUCCAAUUUAUCAUAUAGUUUACAGUACUAUAACUAUUUCAUGUUUUAUCCUUAACGUUAUAUUUGUAAAUUUUAUGUGAAUUCGAAACUGGCAGCUAUUCGUGAAGAUAAAUAUAUAAUGAGACUAAUGCUACUUGCUGUUGUAUCACUUUUCUUAAGUUGAAUUGAACAGUUUAUUAUUUAUUCAUACAGUAAACGGUCUCUUUCGUCAAUAAUUUCUAAAAACAAUAGACCAUUAAUAUUUAAAAUUUUGAAUUCUCAUCUCUUAUAUGAAUGAAUGAAUUCAUUUUAUCUGAAUUGUAUCGUUAAUACUUUAUUUGAUUUCGUUUUUGCGUGAUACAAAUAGUAGCCAAAUGGAGCACACACAUUGUUUCUUUCUAUAUUUUUAGGCGUUACCU